AUUUGUUUGUCUAUUCCAUUUUUAAGAAUAAUGGACGAGACAAUCGAGAACAACUACUGUGUUUUCCAUGUUGACAUCUAACUAUGAUUUAACAUUAAAAAAGAAAAAUCUUGUAAAUGUACUACCAGGAAAUAUCCAAGUUGUUGUUUUCUCCUCUCCUUUGAUAACCUGCAGCCUCAUGCUUUGUUUGACUGUUCAAUAUUAUGCAACCUCAAAUGUAGCCCACUUGUGAUGAGGACCAAUUAUGUAAGUCACAGUGUAAACCGGGCUGCCCUCGCUCCACGGGGAACUGUCACAGCUGUUAACUCAACAACCUCCAGAGGCUGAUGACUGGAUCCCCUGUCUGUGGAGGAAGCAGAGUGUUCCAGUGAUGAAGCUCAGACUCUGCAGUGCAGCAGCAGCUGCAGCUCCAGCCUCUCGUGAGCCCGUCGUGUCUCUUUAAGAAGCCUUUGAGUGCGCAGAGGAGACUCGUCACAUGAUUCUUCUCUUGUGACAAUCCAGACAGAAAGGAACGAGCCUGUGACUUCCAGCGGAGUUAAAACCUGCCGCGAUGACACACAACUGUUGUUUUGGCAUCGAAGGACCAAGUGCGAGGAGGACAUGGAGCUAAGUUAACCACAAGCAGGCGGACUCACUCCAUUCCCGUGUUCACCCUGCGCGUUUGGUAACCGGAGUUCAGCUCUGAGCCUCGAGUGUUGCGGAGGAGUUUUGAAGUUCCAGGGCCAGAGGACAGAGACAACACGUCGGCGGAGAUGGUGGACAGCAAACCGCUCCUCCAGGACAGACCUCCCGCCUACAACGCAGUCCCGGGGGCUUAUCAGUACGGCCCGCAGCAGCACAGCUAUGGGGCCAUCCAGCCUCCGGCCCCGCCGCCGUACCCCUACCCAGACGUCCAGGGAUACCCAUCGGCUCAGAUGGCCCCUGCCGUAUCCCAGCAGCCCUACACUGGGACCUACACCAUCAUCCAGCCCUCUGUAGUGGUGGUGGGAGGCUGCCCUGCCUGCAGAGUCGGUGUCCUGGAGGAUGACUUCACCUGCCUGGGGAUCCUGUGUGCCAUCUUCUUCUUCCCUCUGGGUCUCCUCUUCUGCUUCGCGCUGCGUCAGAGACGGUGUCCCAACUGUGGCGCCACCUUCGGCUAAGAGGGACCAAACCACAGCUCACACACAUGCUCGUGCCCCCAUGCACACACACACACACACACACACACACACACACACACACACACACACACACACACACACACACACAUAUAAUCCAGCAUUUUUGUGUCUUUUUUGUUAUCCUUCUCAAUAUUGCACAUUGCUGUUGCCAUUAUGUUGUCUACAAGAAUUAUCAAGAUGUUGUCAAACAGUUCAGAGUUUUUAUCAAAGGUUUUUGUAGAAAAGUUUUCGUCUGCUAGUUGAGGAUGUGCUCUAGCGUAUGGAAGCGUCCAGCUGUCGUCAGUGCCUUCACUACAUGCAGAGUGAGCCUCACAGAUUCCAUCGGUCAUGAUUUCUUCUGUAGAUUUAGCUCAGUGAUCCAAGGAUCUGAGCAGAUUCCUUCGUGUUUUUGACAAGCCAGAAGUAACGAGGCAAAUGUUGUCUCUAGGUUUUUGUUCUUCUCUCUUUUUUAAUUUGCUGGCACGCUGCGCAUAUAUUUUGUUUUGUUAACAUUGUGCUUAGUAACUUAGUAACAGCACCCAUCUUGAUCACUGAUAUAUUGCAAACCUUUUUCAAUUGGAGAUGUUUCCUCCUUUUUUUUGUUUUUUUGCUGAUUGUGACCUGGAGUAACACAAACGUGGAAAAAAGAAAUGAUGUGUAAAGAUCCCUGAACUGUCCCGCCUGAAACAAUGGAUCUGUGUCGGAGUGAAAGGCCACAGCAUUUUGUCUCUUUUUGUUGAUAAGAAAUUUCUUUGGGGCCAUAUUUGCACUGACUGUUUUGUUUGAUGAUUAUUCUGCUGGGUUGUGCGUUUUCCAGGGCCAAUGCAGAACUCAGGUACACACAAUCUGAAACGCCCUCGACUUUGCAACCUCAAUCACUGUUUGACUUCGGACUUCUACCCACUUUUAGAGAAACUCUCUUAUCGGCACGCGGACUCACCCUUUAGUGAGCCGAGUUUCUCUUCAAGGAAGCAUGCUGUCUCUCAAUAAUGUGCAUAAUCUCUGGACUUCUAUCUUAGUACUCUCCUCUGUGACAAGUCACCCUGCCCCGUUCUUCCCAGCCAGACAAUCAAGAAUGUCUCUGUGUGUCCCUGUAUCUGCAGCAUCUCCCGUGUCCACGUCUUCCAUCACAGCAAGAUGUUCUGUACCUGUCCACGGCAGAAGAGAGGAGAUAUAUCUGGGCGGGAGGGAUUUAAAAAAAAAAAAUCUUGCUUUAAAAACCACACUACGCACGCUCUUAUGAUUAGGGUUCUUACUUUUUAUAUAUCAGUUACUGUAAUUAAAAAUGAAUGCUACUUCA